UUCAUAGGUCUUUGAUUUGCAGCGAUCAUUUCAACUUGGUGUUUAAAGUUCAUCUGUUGAAAUAUGUUCUGUUUAUUUUGUCCUUCAAACUCUGCUCCAGUGCUUUAGGAUGUCCUCCUGAUGUGAAAGAAUAAAAUCCGCUCUACACAAUGGAGAAUGGUGAGGAGGAAGUAAAGAAUUGCAAUGAUGUCAACAAAAACGCCUCACAUGGCUGGACAGUUCAGCUUGUGGUUGCCGCACUGGUCAGUGCAUUUGGUUCUUCAUUUCUGUACGGCUACAACAUAUCCGUAGUGAAUGCACCAACUGUGUACAUUAAAGUCUUUCUCAACGAAUCAUGGACAGCAAGGUUUGGAACAGCCAUGGAAACCAAAUCCUUAACUCUUCUUUGGUCGAUAACUGUCUCCAUCUUUGCCAUUGGUGGUCUGGUUGGAGCACUUAUCGUAAGCAUUCCAGUGAAGUACCUGGGCAGGAAAGGGACUCUCCUUGCCAACAAUGGUUUUGCAAUCCUUGGUGCUUUGUUAACAUCACUGAGUAAAACAGCUGGAUCUUUCGAGAUGUUGAUUUUGGGGCGGUUCAUCAUUGGAUUAGACGGAGGCAUUGCCCUCAGUGCCCUCCCCAUGUACUUGGGCGAGAUCUCACCGAAGCAGAUCCGUGGCUCCAUAGGGCAGAUCACAGCUAUUUUCAUCUGUUGCGGUGUCUUCAGCGGUCAAAUCUUGGGGCUACCAGAAUUACUGGGAGGCAAGGAAUCCACUUGGCCAUUCUUGUUCGGAAUGAAUGUGGUUCCGGCCCUGGUGCAACUCGCUAUCCUGCCCUUCCUCCCUGAAAGCCCCAAAUAUUUGCUGUGUGAAAAGAACGACUAUAUUAAAGCACAGAAAGGAUUUCAAGUCUUUCUUGGAAAAGAAGAUGUCACGAAGGAAAUGGAAGAGGUCCAGAGAGAGAAAAGGAACCAGAAGAACGUUAACUUGGUGUCUGUCUGUAAACUGUUGCAAAAACGUUCCAUGCGCUGGCAGAUCAUCACGGUUAUUGUCACCAUGGCCAGUUACCAGCUCUGCGGUCUGAAUGCCAUUUGGUUUUACACAAGCAGCAUCUUCAAAGAGGCUGGUAUCCAGGAGCAUCAAAUACCCUACAUCACCCUGUCUACUGGAGGCAUUGAGAUUCUGGCUUCACUUGUUUCUAGCUUGACUGUUGAACGCCUUGGUCGACGGCCCCUCCUUAUUGGUGGAUUUGCUUUCAUGGCACUGUUCUUCGGAUUACUCACGGUUUCCCUGAAUCUACAGAACAAAGUUUUUUGGAUGCCUUACUUGAGCAUUAUUUUCAUCAUUGCUGUAAUAGCGUCAUUCUGCAUUGGGCCAGGUGGGAUCCCUUUUAUCCUCACUGGCGAGCUGUUCGAUCAGUCCUGCCGAGCUUCAGCGUUCAUGAUAGGAGGCACCGUGUCCUGGCUCUGCAACUUUGCCGUGGGACUGUUGUUCCCUUUCAUUCAGAGUGCCUUGGGGUCAUUCUGCUUUUUGGUGUUUGCUGGAAUUGCUGCGGCAGGAGCAAUAUAUCUGCACUUUCUCUUACCUGAAACCAAAAAUCAAACCUUCGCAGAAAUAUGUUUGUCAUUUGCCAAGAUCAAUAAGAAGUCUCAUGUGUCUGCAGAAGAGACUAAAACCAUUACAUUAUCGGAGUUUGUGGAGAUCAGUGCAAGCAAUGUGAUGAACCGCAAGCCCAACAUUGAGCCAGAUGAUGUAGAAUGCACUGUAUGACAGACGGCUAGCAAGUCUUUUUUAACUCGUGACCAAUCCAAACCCAGAAGCUUCUUCAUCAUUGGUAGUGUGUGCAACCAUUUGCCAUCACUUUGCUGUCUGGUGCAUGGAAAACGCUGGAUUUCAGUGGAGGAAGCCUACGAGGAGCAGGUUAAGCAUGUCCAAGAAAGAUCACUGAAAUAAAACUAGAAAUGCUGGAAAUCCACAGCAGCUGGAUGAGCAUGUGGAAGACAACGAUUAAUAAAUGUUUAACACAUGACCCUUCCUCCGAGUUCUGAUGAGAUUCAAUGAAGAGUCAUGUCCUUGUUGCCCUCCCACCAUCAGCCAUUCUGCACCCCCACCCCCCUCACCCAAUCUCUGGACUGCCAUCCCAGAGUCCCUCCAACUCGCUCCCUUCCUCCCCUCAUUUGAAGCCCAACUCAAGACCUACCUCUUUUGGUCAACUUUCCCCUCCCUACCCACUUCGGUUCUCACCGCUGUUUGGCUGCCCAGCCAGCAGUGCCAAGCACUUUGAGACAUCCUCUCGACAUGAAAUGUGCUAUGUAAAUUAUAAGUAUGUUAACGAAUAUGUCUUUCUCAUUUAUAUGCUCAUUAACCUGCUAAUAAAUUACCAGCGUAUCUAUGUUUUAUUCUAGAUUUCCAGCAUCUGCAAUUCUUUGUCUUUUUAUAUGUAAUCAAAACUUUUUUUUAUUUAGUAAAGUAUUAAAUUGAUUCAACA